AAGACAAAAUAUUUUAAAUUUCUAUAGGAAUUAGUAUAGGACUAUAGGAGUAUUUAGUAGUGAAACUUGAAUGGUUCCUAGCUUCUGCGUCUAUAUAUAUUCUUACAAAUUAAUUCUCAGGCUAUGCAUCCUCAUCAAUAAUCAUCAAACCAUUUCUCAUACAAUUAGCUUACACGCCAUGAGCAAUUACAACCAACCUCAAGCUUAUCCACCACCGGGCACGGCAGCAGCCUACCCGGUGGAGCCACCGGGAGGCUACAUGGCCCCUCCGCCACAAGCUGGUUUUGCGGUGAAUGAUCCACCCGCAGACACUCAGUCCAGAGGCGACGGAUUCUGGAGAGGAUGUUGUGCUGGUUUGUGUUGUUGCUGUUUGUUGGAUGCUUGUUUCUGAGCCUGAGGAGCAUUAUGCUUUGGAGAAAAAGAUGGUCGUUUCAGCUUUCAUUUAUUCAUGUGUGUUUAUUUUAUUUAUUUUCCACUUUUCAUAUCAUGAUUUGGGAUUAAAGUAUUGCAGUAUUAUACUAUAUGUUAACAAGAAUCAUGACUUAUUGUCAGCACUCAUGAUAUCAUUCGUGGGUGAGAUUGAAUGAUUGGGAUUAUGAAUAUUAUUAUAGUACUAAUAAAUAACUUAAUGUUGUAAGUA